AUGAUAAAUAUAUUCCGUCGGAGUGUUCGAGACGUUUUGAAACCAGAGCACAACGAUCACUAUCUCUUGAGAUGGCUCCGAGCGCGACAAUGGGAUCCGGAGGCGGCAGAGAAAAUGUUACGUGACUCGCUGAUUUGGCGGGAAAAGUGGGGCGCCGAUACCACGCUUGAGACGUGGCAGGCACCUGAAGUGCUCGAGAAACACUUCCCAAGCGGCACAACGGGCUUCGACAAGGAAGGAUCACCGAUCAUUAUUGUACCAUUCGUGGGUCUCGACGUUUGGGGUCUGUUGCACUCCGUCACUAGGACGGACCUCAUCCGUAUGAUUCUGCGUCAUCUCGAGGGCUAUUUGGCGAGCGCGAAGAAGCAGUCACUGGUGCACGGACCCGCGGCCCUAAAGGUUACGGUGCUAUUCGACCUGGAAGGCUUCAACGUCCGCCAGUACGCGUGGAAACCGGCCGCCGAGAUGGUGUUCACGUUGCUACAGAUAUACGAGGCCAACUAUCCCGAAAUAUUGAAGACGUGUUUCAUUAUCAACGCGCCAAAGGUCUUCUCGUUGGCCUUCUCCGUGAUCAAGAAGUUCAUGCACGAGUACACGAUAUCGAAGAUCAAGAUAUACGGGACGGACGCGAGGAAGUGGCAGCCCCACGUGCUCGAGGUGAUAGACGCCGACCAGCUGCCGAAGCACUACGGCGGGAGUUUGGUGGACGAGGACGGCGAUCCCAGGUGCAGCGCCAUGGUGAAACCGGGCGGUAAGGUGCCCAAGAGCUAUUAUGCGAAGAGCGCCCCCUAUGAGCAGAGCAAGGAAUACACUCGGGUCACAGUCAAGACAGGGGACAAGCAUGCAGUCGACUUAUUGUGCAUGGAGGGAGAAAGUGUUUUGAAGUGGGAGUUCGGCGUGGACAGCCACGACAUCAAGUUCCUGAUAAAGAGGCGCGACGAAGACGGCAACGAGACGCUCGUCCACGGGCCGCGGAAGGUGGCGGAGGGGCCGGUGGAUGUUGGCUUCCUGCCCGUCAACGGGCCGGCCACUUAUUCAGUAAUAUUCGACAACAAGAGCGCGUACUUACGCAACAAGAAGGUUUACUACGACGUUCUGAUAUCUGUGCCAGAAAGGGACCUCAAUAUUUCGGACAUGCCGGAAGAUUCUAUAGAGGCCACAGAGCAAGCUUUCGUGGCGGAAAAAACCGGUUUG